UCUCUACCGUAUGGUGACGACACUUCCGCUUUGCCAGAUAGACAUGGCAGCCUGCAUGGCGAAAACUGGAGCGAUUCGUGUGCUGUCAAACAUCAUUCGCGGACGAUUUUUAUCGGUCGCUUCUGUUCAGCAUCACAUAACCUGUCCACGAUGGUCUGUCAGUGUGUGUCCUUCAUCUUUCAUACACACAGGUCCUGUCUCAACAUCAUCUCAUUCCCCUGCUGUCACUAUCACAGACGAGUCAGACACACUCUAUGAGAAGCUGUCAGUGUUGGUCAAAGGUCAUGAUAAGUCAGUGUUGGACAGCUAUGAGUUUUUUGCCACUUUGGCAGCAAAGGAGCUCGGUCUCACACUGGAUAAAGUAUUUGAACCGCCUAAGCAUAUAGAUAAAUUAACACUGCUGAAGUCUGUUCACAUCUUUAAGAAACACAGAGUGCAGUAUGAGAUGAGGACACAUUACAGGUGUGUUGAGAUUUCUAGAAUAACCGGGUCAACUGCCCAGGUUUAUUUGGAGUAUAUUCAGCGUAAUUUACCCGAGGGAGUUGCCAUGGAGGUCACUAAGACCGCUGUUGAGAAGAUUCCCAAACACAUCCAGAAACCGCUGUGGGAUGAUAACAAACUGGAGCAGUCAAGUCCAUGAGGGUCACGAGGAGACUUCUGCCCUGAUAUAGCAUAUAUGAGCUUCUGUCCACGUACAAGCUCUGAUUUAAAACCUGCUUCUGAGAUUAAACAAAUCAAGAGAAACACAAAGGAAACCUGAUCUUAGAUCAGUGCUGUGUCCAUGAUAAAAAUCCAAGACGACAAGGUUUUAUAAUUACAUAAACUAUAAAUCACAAUGUCCCACAUAAACUGUUUGUACUAGUAGUACUAACAUAACUUGUGCAUACAGAUACAUGUCUACAUAUGAAGUUUUGUUGUUUCUAUUUUUAUGUAAUAAGCAUGGAUUCAUGUCAUUAUAUGUAAUAAAAUAAAUAAAGGGUGCAAAUGACAUCAGCCAGAUUUUACCUAUUGCUUAUUUAUUUUUUAAUUGUAUUUUAUAGUGGUGCUCAUGAAUUUUAGUUUUAUGAUUGUUGUAAUGUUUAACUAUUUAUUCUAGUUUGGAGCCCAAUGACAUCUGGCAAAGGGACUGCCAAUGAAAACUAGCACUAGGGCUAAUUUGGGUACGUUUAAGAAUGUUCAUUAAUGUACACCAUCCCUUUUCUAAACAAAUAAAGGAAUAAAUUAUAGCGAUUAGUAUUAUUUGCCUUUAUUGUAAAACAUCUCAAACUUUGAAUUUUAAUUAAAAACAU